AUGCUGGUGUCCACUGCACAGCUGCCUGCACUAUCUACUCCUGACUUGAAGGACACUGGCAGCUUAGUUGAGGGGAUGGCUGUCGACGUGCGUGUACUUCAGGAUUACAGGGCACCAGAGGACGGGCCAGAAGGUACCGACCCAACAGGCGCCAGCAGCUCCCGAGCAACGGACGUCUCCCCGGAGGCCGAUAAUGUCCGUCCACAGGAUGACAUUGUUGCGGCAGACCCCGCCAGCACAGUCACAGCCGCGGACGAACUUCCUCCUCCCUCAGAUUCCAUGGCGGGGCCGAGCACGCUGGCAACAGAUUUCGGUGGUAGGGCGCCAGCCGCACCCAGUGUGGGGCCUGCAGAGGCAUUAGAGUUUGAAGGGGAAUCUGAAGCCGUGGGCGUCAAAGAGGCGGAAGAAGGGCAGGAACUACCAGUAGAUGGGAUUGAGCCGGUUGCUGCCGAUCCUGCUGAAGAGCUCCGCGCCCCCGUUGAUAGCCGUGCACAAAUACUGGCGGUAUUGGGUAUGGAUACACACCGUCACAAUAACGCGCUUCUCCUCGAUGAAGAUACGCUGGUGACGUGUAUCGGAUCCCAUGUGGUGUUCGUAUCGCUGAACACUAGCCACCGCCGCUACCUGCGUGGCCUGGACGGCGGCGGAGUGGGGGCGGUUGCAGUGCAUCCUUCGCGGACGUUGCUGGCGAUCGGCGAGAAGGCCCGUGGGAGCACAGGCCCCUGCGUGUACAUCUACGCGUAUCCCGAGCUCAAGUGCAUUAAGUGCAUAUUUCUCGUGAUUGCCGCGAACCGCGUGUAUCGACCUCGAGCUAGCACACUGUUUGGUCAAUGCACAGUGAUGGCAUUCACCCGAAUGUUUAUCCUUCGCUUACUUGGCGACACGCUUGCGUCCGUGGGCUCCUUCCCCGACUUCCUACUCACGCUGUGGGAUUGGCGCUCUGAGUCCAUCGUCUUGCGAGCGAAGGCAUUCAGCCAGGAUGUUUAUACGGUGGCAUUCUCGCCCUACUUCGAGGGCCAGCUGACAACCUCAGGCCAGGGCCAUAUCCGCUUCUGGCGCAUGGCCUCUACAUUUACGGGCCUAAAGCUGCAGGGUGCCCUGGGCAAGUUCGGCAACGUGGAGCUAAGCGACGUGGCGGGCUUCGUGGAGCUUCCGGACGGGAAGGUGCUGUCCACGACAGAGACCGGCGAGCUGCUGCUGUGGGAUGGAGGGCUGAUCAAAGUGGUUUUGCUGCGGCCGGGCGGCAAGGCCUGCCACGAUGGCCCAGUGGAGGUGCUGCUGCACGAUCGGGCGUCAGGAGUCAUUCUUUCCGCAGGAGCCGACGGAUACGUCCGUGUGUGGGAUUUCAACCAGGUUAAUGAUGCUGAGCCGCGCGAGGACGGUCACAGCCUGGAGCUGAAGCCGCUGGACGAGGUUCCGGUGGCGCCGGGAGCGCACCUGGUGUCACUGCUGUGGGAGGGUCGGCGCUGGGUGGCGGUGGACAUGGCGGGCCGCAUCUAUGUGGUUGCCUUGCCGGUGUCAGGCGCCAUAAGCAAGGGUGCUUCCAUCCUCUGCGCGGGGAGGCAUCCCGCUGGCGCUGUGGCGGGACUGGUGCUGUCACCUCGUUCGCAUGUGUGCAUAAUCGCCAGCCGGGAUGGCCAAAUGCGUGUACUCGACUACAGGACCGGCGCAAUCCUUGCAGAGGCUCCCGGAUCUCAGCCCAUUACUGCCGUUGCCGCCAUCCCUGCCUCCACUGGAGUCGCCGGUAUGGUUACCGUCGCGGGCUACCGUGACGGUGUCGUCCGGGUUUACACCCGGAGCGGGCCCUUGGUCGACCUGGAUGCACCCGACGGCGUGGAUGCGGAUACGUCACCCUUUCCACAGAACCUUACCCUGGCAGGCGUGGCCAAGCCCCACAAGGGCUCCGUCCUGGCGCUGGCGGUGUCGCAGGACGCAGCCCGACUGGCGUCCUGCGGAGAGGACGGCACGGUCUUUUUUUUCGACCUGGCGUCCCUUGGGUCGACAGCGGCAAAUGGGGUCCCGGCGGCGCCGCCGUGUGGCGUACUGGUACCGCGCGCGUACGUGCGGCUAGCACAGGGCACCGGCACGGUGGCAUGCGCCACGUGGAGUGCGGAUGGCGUAGUGUUGCUGCUGGGUACCAGCCGGGGCACCAUUCUGCAGGUGUCUCUGCCGCCGAAAGAUUUCGACACCCAUCACUCGUACGAGUGGACGGAAGCGGUUGUACAUUCGUACAAUUUCUGUGUGCCGAAGCCUAGGCGGCCUAAGAAGGACAAGGGGGGAAACAGUCGGAAGGAGGGAGAUGACGCCGGAGCGGGAAGUGGAGGACAGGAGGGCGGCGACCAAGACCAGGCAGAAGGCGACGCGGCAAAAAGCAGUCCCCAGGCGACCGUGGCCCACUAUUACAGCCCGCCCAGGAAAUGCACCAGGAUUCGGUGUCAGCGCAUUCCGUCCGCAUGUUCAUUAAAAGGAUGGGAGCCCGUACCUUGGCGUGUGUGGUCUGCUGCGCAGGGCGAUGACGAGGGGGCCGAGCAGGGCGGUGGCGACGAGGAGGAGGAGGGCGAUGUGGAGGAGGACGAGGAGGGCAACCCCGAUGAUUUGGCAGCCUCCAGCGCGGAGUUGCUCACCAUCGCGCUGGCGCCUGACGACCCGGCUACACUGCUAGUCACGGCUGGCGGGAGCGGGCAUGCAGCACGCAAGGUAUGGCGCGUGAAACUAGGCGAGGCGCUGGCGACUCCACUGCUCGAGGGCUUUACGUCCGCGCCCGUCACUUUCUUCGGCUACUCGGCGGACGGGAACACAGUGCUGCUAGGAAGUGGGGAUGGCUUGGUGCGGGUCCAGCCCCUGGAUGGGCCAUACGGGGCUCCCAUGGGGCCCUGCUGGGAAAGCCCGCUACAUGAUAUGCAAACUGGCCGUGUGACGGCGGUGGCGUUGUCUUACGACGGCGCGUACCUGCUUUCUGCUGGACGAGAUGGUUCCGUCCACUUGCUGGCGCUGCAGUUGUUUGGCGCUGUGGAGCCGCAGGAACCACCCGCGGAGGACCUGCCCGACGCCAGGUUGCUGCUGGCUCUCACGGACAUCACGUCACCCACUGCCUACACCCUCGAAGAGGAGAAGCAGCAGGCUGAACGCGACCAGCAGGUUCGCAUGGCCGAGGAAAAGAAGCUGUCUGUGCGUGAGCGCCUGACCCGUAUUAGGGCGGAGUUUGAGGCCCUGCUCGCAGAGAACGAUGCGCAGGCGGAGGCGUUGCGCCUGAGCCGUGAAGAACUCGAGGUGGACCCGGGGCUGCGAGAUAUUAUGGAGGCAGAGGCUCUCCGGCGCGAGGAGGUGGCGCGCCUGGAGCUGGCGUGGGAGAGCGAGCGGCAGAGGUUAGGGCUGGCCAAGCUGCGGAGCUAUUUUCUAGACGGCGUGGAAACGGAGCGCGUGGCUCUCUACUCGCUGCGCAACGGCAGCAUUGUGACCACCUUCCGCACCGCCAAGUUGUCCGAGGAGACACGUGCUGAGCUGGCGGCACUGCGUACUGCGGCAGCUGCAACAGCAUCGGCGGCAGCUGCGAGCGGGGACGGCAUAGGCCGAGAUGGCAUGAACAGCGAUGCACGGAAGGGCAGUGAUACAGGUAACGGCCCGGCUGGAGACGCAGCUGCACGGGCCCGGUUGGCAGAGGCCACGGCGGCUCUGGAGGAGGGCACCGCCAGCGGCAAACUUAACAAAGCUGAUUUGCGGCGCUUAUCGCGUAAGCGCCGCGAGGCCGAGUGGGCAGCAUUUAACGCCACUCGUCCCGACGACACAUACGACAGCCCCGCGGACCUCAAGGCCAUUGAGCUGGCGGUGAUGGCCAACUCUGCAGCGGGAGGAGGUACUGGUGUCGCUGUUGCCGGUGGUAGCGUCGACACCGACGCCACAGCCGUCAUGUACCUUGCGCCCUUUGCAUCCAUUCCUGCCGCAUUGCUACCAGAUGAGCAGCCCGCAGAGGCCCGGGAUGCGGUCACAGACGAUGAUCUCGCUGCAUUUGCUGCACGCAAGCAAGAGGAGGAGCGCAAAGCCGCCGCCGCUGCAGCGGGUGGGCUGGGAGGCUUCGCGACCGCGGGAGGGGUGAAGCGCACGGCGGGCGGCGUUGCGGUACCUGCACAGCCGCACGGUGGCGCUGGUGGCGGCGGUGGUGCGGCAACAAGCGGCUCGAUCGGGGGUCCAGGUCUGAGUGCCUCCGAGGAAGCUCUGGCCAAGAUGAUGGCGGCGGUGCCGCAAAGCGAGCUGGAGAAGGGCCUCGCUGCCUAUAACCGCCGUCGAGUAGAGCACAUGCGCAACAAGCUGACUGACGAGGUUAACUCCAUGAUCGAGGCUUUUGACGACGCGCAUGCCGCGCUGAAGGCGGAGAAGCUGGGCCUUGAGGCGGACGUGAAGGCAGGUGAGAUGAGGCUGCUGGUGAUGCUUCAGGAGCUGCAGCUGCUGCGUGAAUUCGACAAGCGCGAGAGCGUUUUGCUGCAAAAGCGGCAGGCCAAGCUGGAUGACAAGCAGGAGAUUGUGGACAAGAUCACGGAGUGCACCGAUAAGCUGGAGCAGAAGCGCGUGGAACUGGAAGGGCUCAUCGCGCGCCGCGCCGCGGUCAUUGCGGAGCUGGACGCGAUUCUACCCGAGACGGACCCCUACAGGGAGCCGCUAGUGCGGAUUUUCCAUCGACGCAUCAAGCGUUCCAAGAAAAAAGCGGGCGGGGGUGACGACGAUUACGACAGCGAUGACGAUGAGGAUGAGGACGAGAUGGGCGAUGACGAGGCGGAUGAUGACGAUGACGGUGGGGAGGAGGUGUGCCCGGCUGGCUGCGAUCAAUCAGUGUACGAGCGGGUGUGUGACUUGCGGGAAAAGCGGCUGGACGAGGAGGACAUGAUCGCCGAGUUUCAGAAGACCAUUGAGGUGCUCCGCAAGGAGAAGGAGGCUCUGGCUAAGAAGCAGCGGCUGGUGGAACAGGGCCUGGCUGCUGUCAACGCGGACAUGGCGGAGUUCCAGAAGGAGAAGCAGGGCCGACUCAACCAGGUGGAAGUAGUGGUGUCGCUCAAGAUGCACCAGGUGGAGUACCUUAUCGACGGCUGCCUACCAGAUGACCUUUCCGCGGCGCUAGUGUUCAGUGCGACGCAGCUGCGGCGGCUGCAGCGGCGGGUGGACGAGCUGGAGGACGAGAAGGCGGCUCUGCGGUCGCAGCAUAAGGAUCUCAAGCGUGAACAAGCGGGGCUGCUAAGAGACAAGGCUGAAAAGGAAAAAAAAGUUGCUGAGCUCGAGGCUCGAGCGCACGACGUGCAGAUGCUUAAGUUUGGCCAAGUGAUAGACCUGGAGCUGCUGGACAAAGUGAGCAGCAGCCGAGGCACGGAGGACCUUAAGGAAGAGCUCAGAAAGCAGGAGUUGCAAUACGCGCGGGAGUUGGCGGAGUGGGACUCCAAGAUUGCAGCCCGCAUGGACGAGCUGGUUGUGCUAACCAGGGAGAACACCGCCUGCCUCAACGCCGUGAGCCAGCUGACGGCGGCCCAGCGCAAGCUGGAGACGGGCCUCACCGCCACACGCAAGGGACUGUUUUCGGACCCUGUACAACAACGUAAAGCUGAGGUGGAGGAGCGUGACGCGCUGGUGCAGUUGGUGAAUGCACAGGCGCAGGAAAUUGAUCGUCUGAAGACACAGCUGCUGGCGUUGCGAAGGAAGGAUACGAGCAUGUACGCAUGACCGGGGGCAACCCGGGUAUGGAGGAUGCCGGUUGAGAAGAGUGGUUAUGGGCAGUACUGCAGUUGUGACAUUGAUGGAGAUGCCGGCACUUGGUUGGGACUGAAAGGAUUGAACCUACGCCCGGAAUAUUGUUCUAAUAUAGCGAGAAUUCGAAGUAUUCUGGCACUGGGACGGAAAAGUACGGCCCCGGCAAGAUUUUAUGUCGGUCCGGGUCAGGUGCUCGGAGGGUUUCGGACAUGUUUCUGAGAUCAUGUUAAGAUGAUUUAUGUGUUGUGAUUUCCAUAGUAAAACUACCAACACAGUUAAAGUACCGUCAGACUUAAUAAUGACUCUUAAUGACUGAAAUGAGUG